AUGUCCCAGGUUUAUCAGGCUUCUCGUUCCGAUACAUUGUUCCUUGGAGGACAGAAAAUCAGCGGAGACGACGUCCGUAACCAGAACGUCACCGCCGCGCUUUCGGUGGCCAACGUGGUGAAAUCGUCUCUUGGCCCAGUUGGUCUUGACAAAAUGUUGGUCGAUGACAUCGGAGAUGUUACCGUGACCAAUGAUGGGGCUACGAUCUUAUCGCUUUUAGAUGUUCAACAUCCUGCCGGUAAAAUCCUUGUUGAAUUAGCUCAACAGCAGGAUAAAGAAGUCGGUGAUGGUACAACUUCUGUGGUGAUCAUCGCGUCUGAACUUCUUAAACGUGCUAACGAACUAGUGAGAAACAAGAUCCAUCCAACCACUAUUAUCAACGGGUACCGUUUGGCGUUGCGUGAGGCCAUCAAAUAUAUCCAUGAAGUGCUCAGUCAACCGGUUGACAGCUUGGGUAGAGAAGCAUUGAUCAACAUUGCCAAAACCUCAAUGUCAUCAAAGAUUAUUGGUAGUGAUUCCGAAUUUUUUAGUAAAAUGGUGGUCGAUGCCAUCAUGUCCGUCAAGACCGCUAACAACAAGGGGGAAAUCAAAUACCCAAUCAAGGCCGUUAACAUCUUGAAAGCUCAUGGUAAAUCGUCUACCGAAUCAAUGAUUAUCAAUGGUUACGCUCUCAAUUGUACCGUUGCUUCUCAAGCCAUGCCAAAGAGAAUUAACAAUGCCAAGAUCGCGGUCCUAGAUAUAAAUCUUCAAAAGGCCAAGAUGGCCCUUGGGGUGCAAAUCAACAUCCAAGACCCUGAACAAUUAGAACAAGUUAGAAAGAAGGAAUACCAAAUUGUCAUUGAAAGGAUCCGUAAAAUCUUGGCUGCCGGUGCCAAUGUGAUUUUGACUACCAAAGGGAUUGAUGAUCUAUGUUUGAAAGAAUUUGUCGAGGCCAAAGCCAUGGCAGUUAGAAGAUGUACCAAAGAAGAUUUGAAACGUAUUGCUAGAGCUACCGGAGCCACUUUUGUCACCAACAUGUCCAACUUGGAAGGUGAUGAAACUUUCGAAGCUUCAUACUUGGGUUCUGCUGAAUGUGUCAGGCAAAUUAAAAUCAGUGACGACGAAUGUAUUGUUGUCGAAGGUACAUCGAAACAUUCUUCCAGCUCGAUUGUUUUGAGAGGUCCAAACGAGUAUUCUCUUGAUGAGAUGGAAAGAUCGUUACAUGACUCUCUUUCAGUGGUUAAGAGAACCCUUGAAAGUGGUAACAUUGUUCCAGGUGGUGGGGCCGUGGAAACCGCCUUGAACAUUUAUUUGGAAAACUUUGCCACCACUGUGGGAUCGCGUGAACAAUUGGCGAUUGCCGAGUUUGCCGCUGCAUUGUUGGUGAUUCCAAAGACCCUUGCCGUCAAUGCUGCUAAGGAUUCGUCAGAGCUCGUUGCCAAGUUGAGAUCUUACCAUUCUAAAUCGCAAAGUUCUUUGCCAAACGAUACCAAGCGUAAGAAUUACAAGAACUACGGGUUGGAUUUGAUCAAUGAAAAGAUUGUUGAUGAAACCGUUGCUGGGGUCAUUGAACCAACAAUGAGUAAAGUCAAGAGUUUGAAGAGUGCCCUUGAAGCAUGUAUUGCAAUUUUGAGAAUCGACACCAUGAUCAACAUUGACCCAGAACCAGAAAAGGAAGACCCACACGGGCAUUAA